AUGUGCGUUUUCGUCUGUACCGUGACCAAGGCCGUGCAUUUGGAGCUUGCUACGGAUAUGAACACGAAUGCCUUUUUUAAUUGCUUGCGAAGGUUUACUGCUAGGCGAGGGAGGUGUAAACAUAUCUAUUGCGAUAACGGUACGAACUUUAUUGGGGCGAAAACUGAAUUGUCAGAAUUGUACGCUAAAUUGUCGACGACCGAAUUUCAGAAUAGUGUAACAGCAUUUUUAGAGGAGGAUAGAAUACUUUGGCAUUUUAUUCCCCCUUCUGCGCCAAACUUUGGAGGGUUGUGGGAGAGCGUUGUUAAGUCUGCAAAGCGGCAUCUAAAUAGGGUUCUGUUUAAUACUUCUUUGACGUACGAAGAAUUGUACACCGUGCUGACACAGGUAGAAUCCUGUCUGAAUUCCCGUCCAUUGUUUCCUUUAUCCGAUGAUCCUUCUGAUCUUAUUCCCUUAACACCUGUACAUUUUUUAAUUGAAGAUACCUUAGCGGCGCUACCCCAGGAAGAUCUCACUGAUGUCAACAGAAAUCGAUUGGAUCGUUACCAACACCUACAGCAAUUGGUACAGCACUUUUGGAACCGAUGGAAGAUAGAAUACUUACAUAAGCUACAAAUGCGAAACAAAUGGAAUGACCCGACUGUGAACCUUUUGAAACCGGGAACCUUGGUUAUUGUUCGUGAGGAUCAUUCGCUUCCGCUAAAAUGGCCAAUGGCCCGGAUAACUGAGAUACACCCUGGACAGGAUGGAGUUACUCGGGUUGUGACGUUGAAGGGCUCAAAUAAUCGUUCCUUUAAGCGACCACAAAACUCUUGUUCCCCUCCAUGA